AUGGAUGUGGCACACCUUGAUCGUAUAUUGAGUAAUUCACAAAAGUUCCGUCAAACACGAUUAAAAAUCGAUAUCGUGCGCAAAUGCAAGAAUCCACUGGUGAACAUCCAAACGCAAUAA